GGGGAGCAGUGCGGAGCAGAGAGAGAGGCCAUUCGGAGGAGGUGUGAAUGAGGGGCGGGGAGGGGAGGGGGGCGAUGCGGAUAUCCUCCUCGAACAUGUCCUCCGAUGAGCUCUGGUGCGUGGACUGUGGGAAAUGCCUGCCAGGAGAGUGUAGGAUACAUGGACCGUUGAUCAAGGUGAAGGACAGGAGCAUUCCUAGCCGUGCCAGGCUGAGUCUUCCACAUUACCUUGCCCUCCGAGUAUUGGAGAUGCCAGCUGUCAACAAACACAUCCUUGGUGUAUUUGCCAAGAAGAUGAUCCAGAAGAGGACACAGUUUGGACCCUACGUAGGCCAGCUCUCAACCAGUCUCACUAACAAUGACGACAACAGGCUUGUGUUACAGGUUUUAAAGGAUGGUGUGAAAUAUUUCCUGAACACGCCAGAUGAAGAGGCUGGUAACUGGAUGAUGUUUGUCCGUCCUGCGAGGAAUCUGGAGGAGCAAACCCUCGUAGCGUAUCAGCACCAGGGAGAAGUGUACUUCACCACUGUAAAGAAUAUCCAACCCCAGAUGGAGCUGAAAGUCUGGUAUGCGGCAGAUUACGCCAAAUUCAUGGAAGCUCCUUUAGUGGUAAUCAAACAGGAGCCUGGGCUCUCCACAUCUCCAGCUGCAAUGGAGACUGCCAGCCGGUGGAAAUGCUCCAGCUGCUGCCACGUGUUCAGCACCUUCAGUUUGCUGGAGUCCCAUCCCUGCAGUGACUCAGGCCAAGGGAGCGUACGGGGACUGGCUGUCACCGGGUGCUUGGGGUCAGAUCAUAUGCCCAUUUGCUGGAAGGCAGACAGUCCUGCUCCUGAUGGUCAGGCCAAGUGGCCACCAGCUCUGAAUGUGCUGCCGCGAGACGGACAGAUGGACACAGGCAAGGAGGGAAAAGUGAUGAAAGUGCAGAAGAGUGUCCCGUGCCCACUGUGUAAGAAGGUCUUCCUCAGUGCUGACAAGCUGACCACUCACUCCUGUACACACAGCGGAGAACGGCCACAUGUCUGCUCACACCAUGACUGCGCCAAAGCUUUCAUCUCCAAAUACAAACUGAUCAGACACAUGGCCACUCACUGCCCUCAGAAGCCUCACCGAUGUUCACACUGUGAGAAGAUGUUCCAUCGGAAGGACCACCUCAAGAACCAUCUUCAGACCCACAACCCCAACAAGACUCUCUUCAGGUGUGGCGAGUGCGGCAAGAGGUACAACACCAAGCUGGGCUACAGACGGCACCUGGCGUGGCACACAGCCACCAGCGGUGACCUGACGUGUGGGGUGUGCACCCGCGAGUUUGGGCAGUUGGACCAGCUCCUGGAGCACCUGAAGGGCCACGCGGGCCGGCUGGCCAGCAGCGCCCGGGAGAAACGUCACGCCUGCGAUCGCUGUGAGCGCCGUUUCUACACCCGCAAGGACGUCAGGCGGCACACGGUGGUCCACACGGGGCGCAAGGACUUCCUCUGCCAGUUCUGUUCGCAGCGCUUUGGCCGGAAGGACCACUUGACGCGGCACACCAAGAAGAGCCACGCCCAGGAGCUGCUGAAGGGGCGGUCAGAGGCUGACAGGGUGGUGGUGCCCAUGAGUGGUGCCUUCCCCACCUCCCUGAAGGAGGAGAUGGCUGGUGCCUGGCCUGAUCCUCCCGAUGAGCUGGAGCAGAAGGGCAAUGCUAACAUGAGCACUGAACUCUACACCUAUCCUUCACCAUUCAGGCAGCACACAAGAAAGACUCGCCACGUGGUGCCCGGCUCAUUGGGGACAAGGUGGACUAUCAUGGAGAUGCCAUCUCCAAUACUUUCUCCUCCAAUGCCACCCCCUCCAAGCCAUUGUAUGCAUCCCCCCCGAUACCAGCUCAACAGUUCCUCCUAUAGCCCCAUGCAUGGCAAAGACCAGUCUACAAAGAUUGGCACAAGGAGCUACAAUGUGAGUUUACCUGGAGAUAUACCCGGGUUCGAAUCCCAAUCAGUGCCAGAUAAGGAAAGCUCGGACAUUGGUUUUGAAACUUUAACCGUCUCCCUGAACACCACGGACUGUGUCAGCACCAUGCAUAAAGAUAUCAAGCCCCUGAACAUGAAUUCCAUGGACAUCUCCUGUUUGCUUGGACUCCCACCUCCUGGUGCCAGCGACCAGCGUCAAGGUGGCGAUGCAGCACUGUCAUAUGGGCAAGGAGAGACUGGGCAGAGGGCCGGUCCCCUCCGUGAGCAGCAGCCGCAGCAGGAAGGGGGUGCUCUGGCCACUGGUUUGAAUUUGACCCAACUUCAACAAGUCUCGCCAGCCUUCCCCUCCUUGCUCACACCAACACCUCUGCCUCGCUUUCACCAAGUCUUUCAAUAACCCGCUGCUGCCCUACAUUCUGUUGAGGAGCCACAGGUGACAGGACAUUCAGAAGCAGAUUGGAUAGACUCAAGUUGCCUACAUUGAAUUUUGACACUUUUAAAAAGAAAUUUUAUAUAUAUUGAUGUAAAUACAUUGUUUUCUACCAUUGUUAGGCUAUU